UACACAGAGAUUAAAAACGCAGUUUACGUGUUGGUGUUUUGAAUGAAUAAGUGAAAUCCGGAAUUUCGCUCAGUACCCGUCCACUUAAGACAUUUCCGGGACACGUCGAUUCCUUAAACAGACAAACCAAUGCCUAGCGCUUGCUCUUAACAUCGAGCAACCGUGGUCCACGGAUAGCUAGUCAGCGAGCGAUGGAGAGGGGAGGCAGGGUGUUGUGGGUGAAAUAUGGGCCUGUUGUGUCCUUGUUUAUAGUUCUGUUGGCUGUCUGGUUCCGGUCACCUCAGAAUGAAGUACUGGACGACCGGCUGGACACGGUCCUGUCCUCGCUGCUCCGGGCUGAACGCAAAGUCGGGACGAACAACGUCGCCAGACGUAAAGUGGCCAUUGGGUUUGGAGGUUGUGUUGACCUGAUAGUGGACGGGGUGUCAUUGCUUAAUAAGAUUGGCCUCCCUCCCUCAGACCAGCCCCUACAUCAUGACUACAUAGAAAACGCAGAGCAGCUGGCUCAGAGCUUCGCCUACUUCUUCGCACCAGGAGCUGCUGCAGAGCGUUUCAUGCUAAAUGACACCCUGUUUAGUGAGCUGGUCGAGGCAUCCCGCGACCUACCUGGGAACAGAUGGUCAAUAGGCGGCAAUGCCCCGGUAAUGGCUGGUCGCAUGGCAACUGAGGGAUGUGAUGUGUUGCUAGGGGGGAGUUUCAGCACAGAUUUUACUGAUGUCCUGUCCCAGCACAUCACAGUGGCAGGUAACAUAGUAGAAGAGCCAGAUAUUCACCUGAUCCUGGAGUAUCCUUCUGGAGCUAGCUGGGGGCGCUAUACCUCACGUAGAGCCAACAGAUACAUCAUCCACAGUGAUGACCAUAAUCCCUACUUGGCAUCCAUGGAGGAGUUUGCUCAGAAACUUGAAGACUUCAAACCAGAUCUGCUGGUUGUGGGUGGGCUGCAGAUGAUGGAUAACUUCCCCUUCCAGUUAGGUGAGCGGGAUGCUCUCCUCUCCCGCCUGGCGAACCUGCUGUCCUCCUCCUCACCUCAGAUUGGUGUCCAUUUUGAGAUGGCCAGUUUCGUAGAGGAGAGUAUAAUGGAAGAUCUCCUUCACUAUGUCAUCCCCCAUGCUGACUCUUUGGGGAUGAAUGAACAGGAGCUUCCCAACCUGCUCAGCCUGCUUAAAGGCUCCAACAUCACAGUGCUGUCAGACCCAAACCCUCGGGUAGCUACUGUCCUUGACCAGAUGAGGGAGGUCUAUCGCAUUCUGAACCAGCGCUACAAGGAUGUCAGUGCAGAAGGCGACACAGGCGGCGCUACAGCUAAGGGUAAGCCAUUAACCCGGCUCCAUGUCCACACAUUGGCCUUUCAGGCCAUAAUUGUGACACACGACUCUCAGUGGAAGAACACCAUGUCAGCCACCGCCAAGGCCUCUCUCACAGCAUACCGCCAUGUCUGUGGCUCUAAUGACAUUGACCCCAACAAGGCACGGCUCAUCAUGGAUGACUCCUUCUCUGUUAGCCGUCAGGAGGGCAGCCAGCGUAUCCCCCUGCAGGAGACCAGGCCUGUCAGCUGCUGGGAGGAGGACGACUAUGAGAUCUGUGUAGCACCGGUGCUUGUGUGCACCGAGGUUUACCAAACUGCAGGUGGAGGGGACAACAUCUCAGCCGCUGGCCUUGUGCUGCAGAUCUAGAAAAGGACACUAC